UCCAGCCUCCGCCGCUUCAGCUUCCCGAGCGAGCCCUGCGGCCGCCGGAGCAUCUCCCGCGGCGGAGCAGGAGCCGGAUGGUCAGAGGAGCCCGGCAGUCCCAGCAGCCGCGGAGUCGCCUGGCCCCCAGACUGUCUGGCACAGUGGAGAAACCACCUCGAAAACGGAAAAGCAGGACUGAAUUUACUCUUAAAGAAACCAUGUCCUCUGGAGGUGCUGAAGAUGACAUCCCACAGGGAGAGAGGAAGACAGUUACAGAUUUCUGUUAUCUUUUGGAUAAAUCUAAGCAACUGUUCAAUGGUUUAAGAGAUUUGCCUCAGUAUGGACAGAAGCAGUGGCAGUCCUACUUCGGAAGAACUUUUGAUGUUUACACCAAACUCUGGAAAUUCCAGCAGCAGCAUCGGCAAGUCUUGGAUAAUCGGUAUGGCUUGAAGCGGUGGCAAAUAGGAGAAAUCGCUUCCAAGAUCGGGCAGCUGUAUUACCACUAUUAUUUACGAACUUCUGAGACCAGUUAUCUGAAUGAGGCUUUCUCCUUCUACUCUGCAAUCAGACAGAGAUCAUACUACUCUCAAGUCAAUAAAGAGGACAGGCCUGAGUUGGUUGUUAAGAAACUCCGAUACUAUGCAAGAUUUAUAGUAGUUUGUCUUCUUCUUAACAAAAUGGACGUUGUGAAAGACCUGGUAAAGGAGUUGUCUGAUGAAAUUGAAGAUUAUACUCAUCGCUUUAAUACUGAAGAUCAAGUCGAGUGGAACCUGGUGCUUCAAGAGGUAGCAGCAUUCAUUGAGGCAGACCCUGUGAUGGUGUUAAAUGAUGAUAACACUAUUGUUAUCACAUCCAAUCGCCUCGCUGAGACAGGAGCCCCCUUGCUGGAGCAAGGCAUGAUUGUGGGACAGUUGUCUCUGGCUGAUGCACUCAUUAUUGGUAAUUGUAAUAAUCAGGUCAAAUUCAGUGAAUUAACUGUUGACAUGUUCCGGAUGUUGCAAGCCUUGGAGAGGGAGCCAAUGAAUUUAGCUUCGCAGAUGAAUAAGCCAGGAAUACAGGAGCCAGCUGACAAGCCCACCAGACGAGAAAACCCCCACAAGUAUCUACUCUACAAACCGACCUUCAGCCAACUGUAUACAUUUUUAGCAGCAUCUUUUAAGGAGCUGCCUGCCAAUAGUGUGCUUCUGAUUUACCUGUCAGCCACUGGCGUUUUCCCCACAGGUCGUUCUGAUGGUGAAGGUCCUUAUGACUUUGGAGGUGUUCUUACUAAUAGUAACCGGGACAUUAUCAAUGGAGAUGCGAUCCACAAACGAAAUCAGUCUCAGAAGGAAAUGCACUGCCUUCAUCCUGGAGAUCUCUAUCCAUUCACAAGGAAACCCCUGUUCAUCAUUGUGGACUCCUCCAAUAGUGUUGCCUACAAGAAUUUUACAAAUUUGUUUGGACAGCCACUCGUCUGCCUUCUUUCUCCCACGGCAUAUCCAAAAGCUUUGCAAGAUCAGUCUCAGCGAGGUAGCCUCUUCACGCUCUUUUUGAACAAUCCUCUAAUGGCCUUCCUAUUUGUGUCUGGAUUGUCAAGCAUGCGUAGAGGCCUGUGGGAAAAAUGUCAAGAAUAUCUUCGAAAAAUCAACCGUGAUAUUGCCCAGCUACUGACCCAUUCACGUUCAAUAGAUCAGGCCUUCCUCCAGUUUUUUGGUGAUGAAUUUCUUCGAUUGCUUCUCACAAGGUUUGUCUUCUGUUCAGCCACCAUGAGGAUGCACAAGGCCUUUCGGGAAACUCGAAAUUACCCAGAAUCCUAUCCACAACUGCCAAGGGAUGAGACCGUGGAGAACCCUCACCUUCAGAAGCACAUUUUGGAAUUGGCCUCCAUUCUGGAUGUUCGAAACAUCUUCUUUGAGAAUUCUAUGGAUGACUAUUAAAACCCUCUUGU